UUGAUCAACAGGAGUUACUGAACAUUAGGGAAAUUAGACAUUUUCAAACUUCCAAAUGUAUUUAUUCCUUGAUGAGGGGGUCAUUUGUGUUAUUCCCUGAGCGUCUAGUUUGAGAUUGCGUUUUUGGAAAUCUGAUUGAGCGUACCAAAGGUAACAUACUCCCAAGAACACUGUCUUAUUAGCCCUAUUAAGCUAAAUUUCAUAAUGCCCUGAGAGACCCUCACACAGUCUGCACCUAUUUGUCUGACAUUCCCAGGACGGUCAAACCCAUCCGCCUUGGCUGAUAGGGAGAUGGCCUUGGAUUCAGACAGCGACAACAGAGGUUUGUCACGAAGCGCGCAUGAAAAACAUCCUCGGGCGGCGUUGGAGCGCGGCGGCUAUGUAAGAGCACGUGUGAAGCCCCUGCCACGGGACGCCGACGACCAUCAGUCGUGGACGAGUAGCGGAGCAGCCGUGACAUGGAGGAGUUUCCGAGGAGCGUCGUCUGCCGUCUGCGUGGCUUCAGUCUCGCUUAUUCUCGCUCUGCUGCUCAGAUUGGUCGGUUGGGACGCAGGCCUGGUAGGCGCACUACAUUACAGCCACGAAAAUAGCAGCGAAUCCCGUCCUGCUCGUCGUCGUCUUCAUUGUGCAGCAGCAGCGGUAGCGAGCGGCGCUGCUGAGCUCCUCCUAGCCGCGUGGUACCUGCUUUCUCCCGUGUUUACCCUCGCAUGUGCCUUCUUCUGGAUCGGGCUUUAUCUGCGUCGCCGCGGGGUAGGGGUCCGGACGGCGGUGUGGUCGCUGGCGGUGUGUUGCCUGAGCGAAGCGGCGGCACAGAGCCUCCCGUCCCGCGGCCGCGGUGCAGAGGAGCAGCUCGUGUCUCUCCCGGUCACCCUGGUGGUCCUCGGCUGCCUGGCCGGUGGGACUCUGCAGGUCGUCACGGGGCUUGCCCAGGGAGUGUCCUCGCUUGUCUUCAUCAGCGGCAUCCGGGUGGUCUCACUCGUGUCUCUGAGAGGAGUCGGGGCCUGCUGGAGACCCUACCUGGCCUACCUGCUGGGGCUGCUCGGGGUUUUGCUUGCGAGGUAUGCUGACCGGCUCCUGCCGGCCUCAGGGACCAGCGGGACGGGGUGCUGUGGCUCUGUGACCGGGGCGAAGGAGGAGGACAUCCCGGUCUUCAAGCGGAGACGGAGGUCCAGCUCCAUAGCGGCCUCGGAGAUGAUGGCUCAAGCGCAGAGCAACAGCAAGUCCCACCGCAGGACCUCGCUGCCCUGCAUUCCGCGGGACCACCAGUGGUCGGGGGCGAGCGUGGCGGUGGACUUGGCGGUGAUGGGCGAGGCCCAGGGGCUCAUCUCCGACAUGCUGGCCGACCCCUCCCUCGCCCCCAACACCUGCAGCUCCCUGAAGGCCGUCAGCACCCUCCUCAGCACCCAGUUCUCCCUGCGGCCGCUGCACCGGCCCCGCUUCCCCACCGACCCGCACCUCUGCUCCGACACCGAGGAGGGGGGCGGGGGAGGAGGCGGUGGGAGGGUGGAGAAGCUGGCCCUCCCCAAGGCCAGCCCGCUCUCCAGCCCCAUUGCUAAGACCUGCCCCGUGGAGCUGCCUGAGCCAGUCAGACCCCCGGCGGAGCGCACCCCUUGUCCCGGGGCCCCCAGGAGCCGCCAUCGAGCCCUCACACACAGCCAGAGCGCGCCCAGCUCCACCACCCUCCACUGGAGACCCCCCUCGCUCUGUACCGGCUGUGGCCGGCCCCUCAACAAUCGUCUGAACCAUGGCACAGAAUCUAUAGACAAAGAGGAGAGAGUCCACCACACGGAUAAGCGUGCGGUUGCUUCAUCGGACUACGACAGCACCUACGACAGCACCUUCGAGACCAACCACAGUGACAGCAGCGACUUUGCACAGAACGAUGAAGAGGGGGAAGGGGGGCAAGAAGCCCCCGAGGUCCGGGAUGGGCCCGGGCCGUAUCGGAACGAGGGCAUCAGUCUCCACCCCCUUGUCCCUGAUUCCCCCGAGAAGGAGAAAGCCUCCCAGGCCCUGGAGGUGGUGGGCCUCCCCGACCUGCAGCCCCUCAUGGCGCAGCUCAACAGCUGGAACUUCCCCAUCUUCAGCUUGGUGGACAAGACCCACGGCAAGACCGGCUGCAUCCUCAGCCAGGUGUCCUACAAGCUGUUUGAAGACACAGGUCUGUUCGAGACAUUUAAGAUUCCAGUGCAAGAAUUUAUGAACUACUUCGGUGCUUUGGAAAAUGGAUACAGGGACAUCCCAUACCACAAUCGGAUUCACGCCACCGACGUAUUGCAUGCAGUGUGGUACCUAACCACUCAGCCAAUCCCCGGCCUGACCCACCAGCUGGAGGACAGUAGCACACACCCAGACUCUGCCAACGGCCUCAGCCCCAGCGCCACCGGCCUGCUGUGCUCCAAGAUGAGCCCCCAGCGGGAGGGCUACGGCUCCCUGGCCGGGCUCAUCCCGGCCCUGGAGCUCAUGGCGCUGUACGUGGCCGCUGCCAUGCACGACUACGACCACCCGGGCAGGACCAACGCUUUCCUGGUGGCCACCAGCGCCCCACAGGCGGUUCUGUAUAACGACCGCUCUGUGCUGGAGAACCACCAUGCGGCGUCCGCCUGGAACCUCUUCAUGUCGCGGCCAGAGUUCAACUUCCUCAACAACCUGGAGCACGGGGAGUUCAAGCGCUUCCGCUUCCUGGUGAUUGAGGCCAUCCUGGCCACCGACCUCAAGAAACACUUUGACUUCCUGGCUGAGUUCAACGCCAAGGUGGGCGAAGAGGGCGUGUCCUGUAUCGAUUGGACCAAUGAAAACGACCGUCUCUUGGUGUGCCAGAUGUGCAUCAAGCUGGCAGAUAUCAACGGUCCGCUGAAGUGUAAAGAGCUGCACCUGCAGUGGACCGAUGGCAUCGUCAACGAGUUCUACGAACAAGGUGACCAGGAGGCCAGCCUGGGCCUCCCCAUAAGCCCCUUCAUGGACCGCUCGGCGCCCAAGCUGGCCGAGCUGCAGGAGUCCUUCAUCACGCACAUCGUCGGCCCCCUCUGCUCCGCCUACGACUCGGCCGCGCUCAUGCCCGGCUGCUGGGUAGAGCGCCGGCCGAGCGCCACCGCCACCGCCGGCGACGUCGGGGAGGAGCUCGAGGAAGUCGAGGAUGAGGAUGAAGACACGGCAGAGGAAGACGAUUCGACCAGCUCCGACACCUCCCAGAUACAAGACCCUCUGCGGAAGACCAGGAGAAAAGUAUUUUGCCAAAUCACACAGCACCUCCUCGACAACCACGAGAUGUGGAAGAGGGUCAUCGCCAAGGAGAGCCAAGAGCAGGCCCAGAAAGAGGAUUCAAACUGCCUCAGUGGCCCCGGCGAGCCAAUCACAGCCAUCAUUCACGAGGAGGAGGAGGAGUCAGCAAGCAAAGGGGAAGAGCCGGUCAACGGCAUCGAGGAAGAGGAUGAGGUAGAGCCGAUCGAGGGAGAGGAAUAUUUCCAGAGACAUUGUCCUCCUCCAUACGCUGCUGCUGCCCGCUCGUCACUGGCUGAGCUGAACGAGCGGCUCCAGGCCUACACAUGA